GCGCACGCCGCGCCGGCGGGGGACAGCGCGCCGCGGGAGCAGCCCUCCCCGGGCAUCGGGACCUGCUGUUAGCUUGCCGCCUUGCUUUAUCCUCUCGUUUAAUUUAUUUUUUCCCCACCUAUACUUUGAUCCGCUGGGAUUUUUAUUUUUUUUUUUUUCCUCCCUUUCCUACAGAGCCUUCCCACGCCCCAGUUCCCUCCCUCUCUAUCCAGCUUGGAUUUUUUUUUUUUUUUUUCAUACAUUACUAUUCUGAUUUUUUUUUUUUUUUUAAGCGGUGGACAGAGAGAGGGAGAGACAGUAACAGAGAGGACAGGAGGAAAACGCUCUGUUCUUCCUUUCCGCCGCCACCACCCGAUUUGCGGAGAGGGGUCGGGCCGAGCGGCGGCGGAAUCAGCCCCUUUCCCCCGGCUCGGCGACCCCGGCUCGGGGAGCCGCCGGAGGCAGCCGCCGUGAAGAGGGGGCGCAGGAAAAGAGAUGCAUUGAAAGUUUCCGCGCAAACUUUGCCGUGAGUGCGCGAAACCGAGCGAGCGCGGCGCGGGUGCCUGCCUGCCCCGACGCGGGGAGAGCGCCGCGGACGGGCGCCGCUGUGGAGCUCGGACUGCCCGGCGGCGGGGGCCGGGCGGCGGCAGGGCGGCCGCGGAGCCUGCGCUCGGCCCGGCGGAGCGCCCACGGAAAGCAGCAGCGGGGGCCGGCGGAGAGCCGGGCUUAUGGAGGGGUGAAACCGGAGACCCCGAAGAGGAACCCCCCUUCCCCCGGAACCCUUUGCAGCGCCCGGCCGGCGACACCCCAGGAGGCGGCGGCGGGCACGGAGGAGGCGCGGGCGAGAGCGCAGCGGGGCGGCGGCGGCGGCGGGGCGGCGGCGGCGAGGCGGAGCACGGCGGGCCCCGCUUCGCGGCGUGCGCCGGCAACCAUGAACUUUCUGCUCACUUGGAUCCACUGGGGGCUGGCGGCGCUGCUCUAUCUGCAGAGCGCGGAGUUGUCGAAGGCUGCGCCUGCCCUGGGGGAUGGGGAGCGGAAACCCAAUGAAGUUAUCAAAUUCCUGGAAGUCUACGAGCGCAGCUUCUGCAGGACUAUUGAGACCCUGGUGGACAUUUUCCAGGAGUACCCUGAUGAGGUGGAGUACAUAUUCAAGCCAUCCUGCGUGCCUCUGAUGAGAUGUGCGGGUUGCUGCGGCGAUGAGGGCCUAGAAUGUGUCCCUGUGGAUGUGUACAACGUCACAAUGGAGAUCAUGAGAAUUAAACCCCAUCAGAGUCAGCACAUAUCACACAUGAGCUUCUUACAGCACAGUAAAUGUGACUGCAGACCAAAGAAAGAUGUCAAAAACAAACAAGAAAAAAAAUCAAAGCGAGGAAGGGGGAAGGGUCAAAAGAGAAAGCGCAAGAAAGGCCGGUACAAACCACUCAGCUUUCACUGUGAGCCUUGCUCAGAGAGGAGAAAGCACUUGUUUGUACAAGAUCCCCAGACCUGUAAAUGUUCCUGCAAAUUCACAGACUCACGUUGCAAGUCGAGGCAGCUUGAGUUAAACGAGCGCACUUGCAGAUGUGAAAAACCAAGACGGUGAGCAGCGGAAAAGAAGGGGAAACAGCCCUGUUUCUGGAGCCUGAUUUCUCGCCUGGACAGAAUAAAACAAAACACUAAUCCAAAUGAACCCUAAAAAUGAAGGAUCGGUAGAGCACAGCACUUUCAGUACGGACGAUGGACUCCGGAAGGAACAUUCCCCAAGGCACCCGCCGCACAGAAUUCACCUUUGGGUUUUGAACUGUUUUAUUUUAUUUUUCUUUUUAUGCUGCUAAAUAACAGAGCCAGGAAGACUUAUAGGGGUGUAUUUGAUGGGUUUUCCCAUGCAUACAUAUAUAUGUGUGUAUACAUGCAUAUACAUAUAUAUAUAUGUAUAUAUAUUUUAACCACAUCUAUAUAUACAUAUAUGUAUAUCUUAACCACACACACACACACAUAUAUAUAUAAUUUUUUUUUAUAUAUAUAUAUUUAUAUAUAUAUAUAUACUGAUUAUUUUUUUUAACAUUGCUAAUGUUAUUGGUGUCUUCACUGGAUAAUACUCGACUGCUGUGGACACAAGCGGGCUACUUGGGGCAUAAGAAACAAGCUAAGAUUGGACUUGAGUAGAAGCGCUGGGUGUAAACUUCUUAACUCUAACUGACUUGUGCGGCCUCCGCUGUUUCUCUGUAGAGUGUGCUGUACCACAAACCACCUUCUCCUUGCCUGGGACAGGGAGGAGAGGUGAUGGAGAGGAUGGGCAGGGAGUUCCAAAGAGCGGCAUCCUAGGGUGCGAUGGGUCAAAGGCCAGGGAAAUGGCCAUCUCCGUGAUCAAGGAUUCCUCCUCCCCUCUCUUCCCCCAACCUCCGCCCUUACUCGUCUCAUAACCUGCCUGCCUUGCUGGGACAUGGGAUGUCAGUGUACAUUUUGCGUUGACUUUAUUUGCUGUAGAACCUUUGCCAGAGAGACAUGCUGGCUUCUCUUAAGGAUGGUGGGCAGCUCAUGCACGCUGACUUUCUGUUCAAGGAAUUAUCACAGGAGUCUAGAUUUCCCACCCUUGGUGGCUGCAGAAGGACACAAGGUCUACAGUGUGCUGAAGCGAGAAUGGGGACCGGUGCAUAGCCACGCAGUUGUUCAGCACUGUCUGCUUUCUUCAUGCACAGAGCUGCCACUCAAGAGCAUCCAAGAUGCUUACGGAACAUUUCUGGAAAGGGAUAUUAAUCAAAAGUAUAUACACAGUAGUGGGGGUGUGUGUGUAUGUAUGUGAAUGUAUGCGUUUGUGUGUAUGUAUGUAUGUGUUUUUCUCUCUUUUUUAUAUAUAUAUAUUUAUUUUUAUACAUAUAUAUAUAUAAAAAAAUAAUAUAUAUGUAUGCCAAGAUUGAAGGGGGAGAAAAAAGAAAGCAACUUUUGCUGCCUUCAGUUUGCGUGCCCAGUGUAAAUGACCCUUAAGAACGUCAAGAUUUUUUUUUUUAAUGACGUACUGUAAAUAUCAGGCGCCUUUUCCAUGUCUUGGGCUGGGGAAUCAAAUGUGAAGGCAGCUGGAGUCCCUUAGCUGUGUCGUGAAGUUCUUGGCUAUGUGUGUAUCUGCAGUGUAGGCUGUGGUGUACGUGAAACCCACCUUACACACGCGCGCACACACACACGCCCCUGAAAGUGUGUUUGUACAUCUAUGUGGAUAUAUAUAAUCUAGUUCUGUGAUUAAAAUUAUUAUUAAUAAUAAUAAUAAUCAAAAAGGUACUCGGUCUGUGUCAGAAUGCUGCCGAACGUCAUCUGCAAUUGAAUUUUCAACGCCUGUUAAUGUACAACACGGAAAGCUUCCAAAAAGACAAGACAGUCUCAAAACAGACUCACAACAAGCGACUACUAACCACUAGGAUCUCCCCAUCCGGCUGAUGGCUUUCAGAAGGAGAGAAAACACACGGGUGGGUGCUUGCAUCUGCAAUGUAGAAUACUCAUGCUGCAUCGUGUGCAAGACAGAGGCUUCCGAUCGGGGGAGGGAAGAGAAAGUGUUUUAUAUACUUAUUUAAUAUCCCUUUUUAAAUUAGAAAUUAAACAGAUAAUUUAAUUAAAGAGUAGGGAUUUUUCAGUAUUCUUUGUUAAUAUUUAAUUUCAACUAUUUAUAAGCCGUACCUCUUUUUUUUUUUUUUUUUUUUUUUUUUUUUUUUUUUUUUUUUUUUUUUGUACUGGUUGUGUAUAAAUUUAACCUUCCUGUUGUCCCAUCCCAUCUCUCCCCAAUUGUUGGCAGAGUCAGUAGCAUGUUAUGGGCAGUUAUUUAAUUAAUUUCUCUAACACCUACCCCUACACAUUCCUAUUGAGACAACGGUUAGAUAUACAUCUACAUACUAUAUAUAUAUUUGGCUAUGUGUUUGUAUAUAUAUAUAUGUUUAUGUAUAUGUGUGAUUCGGAUUAAAUAGACACUACGAUUUUUUUAUAUAUGUAAAAAGAAGAAACAGGAAAAAAUAGAAAAUUCUACAUCUUGAAUCUCUCUCCUUUUUAAUUUUAAUAUUUGUUAUCAUUUUAUUUAUUGGUGCUACUGUUUAUCUGUAAUAAUUGCGGGGAAAAAAGAUAUUAACACUACAUAUUGUGUCUAGUGAAUUUUUUCAAGAUAUUCCUUAGUACAUAUUUAUUUUUAAACAAAGAAAUUACAGAUAUAUCUUAAAACGACGACGACGACGACAAAACAAACUUUUUUUUUUGUAUUAAA